AUGUCGACCGCCAACAGAGACUCCGAGAGCCCGCAGAACAGCCCGGCGCCCAAGACAGCGAGAGGAGUCAUGAACUGCAGGCCGUGUCAGAUCCGCAAGAUCAAGUGUGACAGAGCACUACCUGCCUGCGGAGUCUGCCACCUCUACCAGCGGUCUUGCUUCUACGAGGGAGUCCCUAAGAAGCGAGGGCCAAAGAAGGAGUCGUUGAGUGCACUCAUCAAGAGGAUCGAUGGUCUCGAGGAGCUUCUCAAGUCAGACAAGACGCCGACACCACCAGGAACCGACAUCAUCAACACAGACUUUGCUGAGCCGCAUGUCUUUGGAGGCGGCAUUUCUGAGCCCUGCGGAUCCGCAUCAUCGGAUAUUAGCCCGUUCAGUAAUUUCAGAGGCAACAAUUUUGAGGCCAGUUCAGAUGUUUCGGCAACUAUCAAUGCUGAUGGUCUUGUGGAUGUCUACUUCACAAAAUUUCAUCGCAAUCCUUACGACAUCCUGGAUGAAUUCACGACGAGGCAGAGGUUAAAAGCAAAUCAACUAUCUAGAUCAGUCCUGUAUGCAAUUUGCGCUGUAGCCACGGGGUUCUCCGAACGACCUGGGAAAGGGCCAAGUAGUCAUGUCUCUGGAGAGACGUACGCGGCAUGGGCACAAAGGGAGAUUGACCCUUGUGAAGUAUCACUUGACUCAUGCCAGGCCUUGCUGCUUCUCGUAGCAGCCUUUGCAGCGAUGGGGGAUGGCAAGAGGUCAUACGUUGUUCUAUCACAAGCAGUCGGUAUGGCAAUGACACUCGAGCUAUACUCUCAGCCUAGCGACGGUGUGCAUGAUGACACUACCAAACGGGUCUUUUGGACAUGUUACAUCAUGAACACGUUUGUGUCUACGUGGCUGGAGCGCCCGUCGUUAAUGGAUGAUUCGUUGAUCAAGGCCGACAUUCAAUCGUCAAGACAACCUAGCCACAGCGGUUGGAGAACAAGCAACGAUUUCGUCGCAAUCCCCAACAACGACUUUCGGAGGUUUUCUGCCAGCCCGAAAGAACCGAUUGACGAAAUUCAAAAGCUCGUCUGGAUGGCUCAGAUUUUGUCAGAAGCGAACAGGUAUCUACUUUUGAGCGACACUGCAUCGCAAGCAGCAUACUGCCAGAGGCACAAGAUCCUCCACGACCUGGACGUAUGGGCCUCCAGCAUCGGAUCGAGCCCAUUCUACCGCUACGCUUGA